GCUCAUCCGAAAACCUUUGACCUCGGGCCAUGGACGUCCUCACCGACGCGCAGCUGGCGGCGCUCAACCAAGCCAAGGUGGGCAUCCGCAUGGACAAUGAAAAGUACAUUCGCGCCCAUCCCGAGCUCGACCUCGUCAUGCGGGCGCUCGUCAAAGCCGUGCUUCGAGACCGCCCGGCCAACGUCACGGCGUACGCGCAUGAGUAUUUUGCGCGCGACCUCAGCAUCCUCCGCAGCGAGAUCACGGGCACAACACCACCACGCAGUUAGUCGCCAAUGGCAGAGUCUUCUUAUGCUUGCAACCGAA